AUGGGUAAUGAGCACAGCGGUUGGCGUUACGCUACCAACGCCCAGGGACCUUCAAUCCAGGGAGAGGAGGAGGAGGAUAGAUCGGGGGCAAUGCGUGAGUGCAUCUCCAUCCACGUUGGUCAAGCUGGCGUCCAGAUGGGCAAUGCAUGCUGGGAGCUGUACUGUCUGGAACACGGCAUUCAGCCGGACGGACAGAUGCCCAGCGACAAGACAAUCGGAUGCGGGGAUGAUUCCUUCUACACCUUCUUCAGUGAGACUGGAGCUGGAAACCGCGUCCCCAGAGCUGUCUUUGUCGACCUGGAGCCCACUGUCAUUGGUGAGAUCCGAACUGGAACCUACCGCCAGCUUUUCCACCCCGAGCAACUGAUCACAGGCAAAGAAGACGCUGCCAACAACUACGCACGUGGACACUAUACCAUUGGCCAAGAAAUUAUUGACCUGGUCCUAGACAGGAUCCGCAAAUUGGCCGACCAGUGCACCAGCCUCCAGGGCUUCUUGGUGUUCCACAGCUUUGGAGGUGGCACCGGUUCAGGUUUCACCUCCCUGCUGAUGGAGCGUCUCUCCGUGUACUAUGGCAAGAAGUCCAAACUAGAGUUCUCCAUCUACCCUGCGCCUCAGGUGUCCACUGCUGUGGUGGAGCCCUACAACUCCAUCCUGACUACUCACACAACUCUGGAACACUCAGACUGCUCCUUCAUGGUGGACAACGAAGCCAUCUACGAUAUCUGCCGCAGGAACCUCAACAUCCAGGGCCCUUCUUACACCAACCUGAACAGGCUGAUCGGCCAGAUCGUGUCUUCCAUCACCGCCUCCCUUCGGUUCGAUGGUGCCCUGAAUGUGGAUCUGACAGAGUUCCAGACCAAUUUGGUGCCCUACCCUCGUAUCCACUUCCCCCUGGCCACCUAUGCCCCCAUCAUCUCCGCUGAGAAGGCAUACCACGAGCAACUGUCUGUGGCUGAAAUCACCAAUGCCUGCUUUGAACCUGCGAAUCAGAUGGUCAAAUGCGACCCUCGUCACGGCAAGUACAUGGCCUGCUGCCUCCUGUACCGUGGUGACGUGGUGCCCAAAGAUGUAAACGCAGCAAUUGCUACCAUCAAAACCAAGCGCACCAUCCAAUUUGUGGACUGGUGCCCCACUGGUUUCAAAGUCGGCAUUAACUACCAGCCUCCAACCGUGGUUCCGGGUGGAGACCUGGCCAAGGUCCAGAGGGCUGUGUGCAUGCUGAGCAGCACCACCGCCAUUGCAGAGACCUGGGCCCGCCUCGACCACAAGUUUGACCUAAUGUAUGCCAAACGCGCCUUCGUGCACUGGUACAUUGGUGAGGGCAUGGAGGAAGGGGAAUUCGCCGAGGCCAGAGAAGACAUGGCUGCUCUGGAGAAGGAUUACGAGGAGGUUGGACUCGAUUCCAUUGAGGGUGAAGUAGAAGACGAAGGAGAAGAAUAUUAA